ACACGCACAUGCACACGCCCACACGCAGACCAUUUCUGGCUCUUGUUGCUGGUCACGCAAACUCCCCAGGGUGGGGAGUGGGUGGAGGGGAGUUUCCUGGCAGGGGGAGCAUGUUGCUGGGUGCACAGGUGUUCUGCAGGGAGUGUGCUCCAGGCCGGCGAGUGCAGGAAGGCUGACGGCCCCUCCAGGUGGGGGUGCCAGAGCAACCUCAGGAACAGGGAAUGCACCGCGCUGCCUGCCUGGGUUUGGCGCUGUGCAGGCUGAGCCCCGGCAGCUGGCUGGAGCUGAAGCCAGGACCCCAGCUAGAGACGUCGUGUGCCCCGAGAGCAACCAGCCCUGCGCCCCUGCCAGUCCCCACCCGGCACAGAGCGACCAGACCUGUGCUGCUGUCACACCCCUGGGCACCGGGAGCCUUUCUCCUCGCAGUAGCCAGCACCCCCCUGCCACCGGGACCCCACCAGGAGAAAUGCUGUCUGCCACAACCGACCAGCCUGCUCCUGCCCUCACAGCUGCUCCAGCACCUGGCCCAGGGCAGACGUGCUCCCCCGGCAGCGAGCAGCCUGCCCCUGCCAGUGCCCCCCUGGUUGCAGAGGGGGCUCCUCCUCAAGCCGAGAGCCCUCCUGGAGGCACCACACACUCCCCGGCCGUGGCAGCCCCCAUGGGAGAUCCUGUGCCUCCAAAAAGUGAUCAGCCUCCUCCUGCUGUGGCUGCUGCUUCUCCGCCUCCGGCCACAGUGGUUGCCAGCCCCCGGCCCAGGCAAGAUGUACAGAAAGCCCAGGCGCGGCACCGGCAGGCAAAGGAGCGUCGCGAGGAGCGAGCCAAGUACCUGGCUGCCAAGCGGGUCCUGUGGCUGGAGAAGGAGGAGAAAGCCAAGGUGCUGCGGGAGAAGCAGCUGGAGGACCGGCGGAAGCGGCUAGAGGAGCAGCGACUGAAGGCGGAGCAGCGCCGUGCGGUGCUGGAGGAGCGCCAGCGCCAGAAGCUGGAGAAGAACAAGGAGCGCUAUGAAGCCGCCAUCCAGCGCUCAGCCAAGAAGACCUGGGCUGAAAUCCGGCAGCAGCGGUGGUCAUGGGCCGGCGCGCUGCACCACGGCUCCCCUGCACACAAGGAUGGUGCGAGCCGGUGCUCAGUGUCAGCCGUAAACCUCCCCAAACAUGUGGACUCUAUAAUCAACAAGCGGCUGUCCAAGUCCUCUGCCACCCUCUGGAACUCUCCCAGUAGAAACCGAAGCUUGCAGCUGAGUCCCUGGGAGAGCAGCAUUGUGGACCGGCUCAUGACGCCCACACUUUCCUUUCUGGCCCGCAGCCGCAGCGCCGUGACACUGGCUGGGAAUGGCAAGGAACAGGGAGUGCCCGUGUGCCCCCGCUCCACCUCUGCCAGCCCCCUCAGCCCCUGCAACAACCACCGCGUGCAGCACCGGUGCUGGGAGCGCCGGAAGGGGACAGCCGGCAGCCCUGAUGUAACGCCGCGCCGGAGAGCUGAGCCCUUGCCAAAGAGGAAGGAGAAGAAAGACAAGGAGCGGGAAAAUGCCAAGGAGCGCAGCGCCCUGUCCCGUGAGCGUGGCCUCAAGAAGCGCCAGUCCCUGCCCGGAGGCCAGCCCAAGCUCCUGCCCACAGCUGAGAGCAGUCCAAAGAACCGGCCCUCGUCACCCGCCACCCCCAAGGCCCGGCCGGCGUCCCCCAGCCCUGCGCUCGGCUCACCCCACAGGCCCCCGCUGCCCCGCAGCACCCACGCCUCUCCCAAGGUGCGGGCUAGGAUCAAGGAGGAGCGGAAGGAGCGAGGGAGGAAGGAGGAGGAGGACACUGCUUCCCCAGCCCCGACUGAUGCCCCCAAGACUCCCAGGGCCACAGAGGAGCCCCCAGGUGCCGCAGCCCCCUCGGGUGCCCCCAGCCCGCCACCUGCCCCUGCUACACCGUCAGGCCGGCCCACAGCGGGCACCACAGACCGUGAAGAAGCUGCCCGCCUGCUGUCGGAGAAACGUCGGCAAGCCCGUGAGCAGCGGGAACGCGAGGAGCAGGAGCGUCGGGAGCAGGAGGAGCGGGAGCGGCGUGAAGCAGAGGAGCAGGCACGCCGGGCGGCUGAAGAGCGGGCACGGCGGGCAGCAGAGGCACAUCGGCAGGAUGAGGAGCGCCGGCGGCAGGAUGAGGAGCGACAGCAGCAGGAGGAGCGCGAGGCACAGGAGAGGGCACAAGCCGAGCAGGAGGAGAUGCAGCGGCUCCAGAAGCAGAGGGAAGAAGCCGAGGCACGGGCCCGGGAGGAGGCCGAGAGACAGCGGCUGGAGCGGGAGAAGCACUUCCAGAGGGAGGAGCAGGAGCGGCUGGAGAGGAAGAAGCGGCUGGAAGAGAUCAUGAAGAGGACGCGCAAGUCUGAUACGGCUGACACCAAGAAGACAGAAGACAAGAAAAUGGUGAAUGGGAAAGAAGCCAGGCAGGAGGGUGACACCGGCUCAGGCUGUGAGAAGCGGCUAGGGCUGCUGGCUAAGGAGGAAGAGCUGCCUGAGAAGGAGAUGCCAAGUACUGAGAGCCCAGAUGUGCGGCAGGGGACUGCCCCCGAGGGACUGCCGCCCAGUCCUCUCGCAAAGACCACAGCUGCCCCCGUAGCCCUGGUGAACGGCGUGCAGCCCAGCAAGCAUGAGAACGGGAUCCACGCCAAGGCGGCAGGGCCGGGUGUGGUGGAGCUGGCACACCACGGCAGCACUGGGGACCCCCUCAUCCCCUUCGGGGACACUGAGCCCUUCCUCAAGAAGGCCGUCGUCUCACCCCCCCAGGUCACAGAAGUGCUGUGAGGGGCCGUGCCCUGCAGAGCGCCCGUGCCCGCGGCGCCCAAGUGCCAACACGCGGCCGCGGCAGAGCUGUAGCUGUUACCGGACGACGACCCGCGACGGCCCCUCGCGCCCGGGCAGCGGCAGGGUGCAGCCCCCUUCCCCGGGGCUGGGGCCUGCUCUCGUUCUUGGUUUUUGUUAUUUUAACGUGCACCUUAUCGGACUGCCCUUCCCCACGCGCCCUCCCCGCGGUCUCCUGUAGCUAUUGAGCGGGCCGGGCCCAGGCCGUGAACACUGCGUGCCGCGCGGGCGGGGCCGGGGCCGCGCCCGUGUCCCGGGCCCGGGGCCGCGAGGCUCGGAGCGACGGGCUGGGCCUGCUGCGCCGCGCUCGGGCGGGAGCUGCGCGUGUCUUUCCCAGCGGUGCGCGCCGGGGCCAGCAUUGCGCAUCCGGGCCGCCUUCGCGCACAAUAAAAGGAAACAACG